AUGCCCCGAAAACCCAAGGGUUCCUUUCCCCUCCCUUCUCCACUGCUGUCCCUCUUUGGAAUGGGCAGGGCGCAGCAGCAGGAGGGGCAGGGCAGCAUGAGCAAGGAGCAGCUGGUGGCAGCAGUGGAGGGGAGUGGUCUGACAGACACCAACAUGCGAGGGGGAGGCAUGGGCAAGGAGCAGGUGGGGGCAGCAGUGGAAGUGAGCGGGCUUACAAACACCACCAACAUGCGGCGAGAGAAGGGCGAGGGAGGGGUGGGGUGCAAGCGCGGUGGGAGGGUGGGAAUUGGGCUUGCGGUGAGAGCAGGGGGCAUGCAGGGCGGGAAAUGCAGAGUGCGUAUAUGUGGUGAGAGCGGGCUGCAUGCAGGGCGGGAAAUGCAGAGAGAAAGAGGAUACGUGCCCAACUAUUCCGCGGCGGGGUGUGCCGUGCCAGUCCUUCGCCCACGUGAGGCACAACUACUACUGCGGCUGGAGCGCUCUCACCACACUCAGGCAGCAUGCGCUCGUGGACUGGCGGAAAGGCCGCCCCUCCCUGUGAGUGUGUUGGGUGCUGCCCGCGCUGCCCUGCAGCAUGCGCUGGUGGACUGGCAGCAUGCGCUGGUGGACUGGCAGCAUGCGCUGGUUGACUGGCAGCAUGCGCUUGUGGACUGGCAGCAUGCGCUGGUGGACUGGCAGCAUGCGCUGGUUGACUGGCAGCAUGCGCUGGUGGACUGGCAGUAUGCGCUGGUGGACUGGCAGCAUGCGCUGGUGGACUGGCAGCAUGCGCUGGUUGACUGGCAGCAUGCGCUGGUUGACUGGCAGCAUGCGCUGGUUGACUGGCAGCAUGCGCUGGUGGACUGGCAGCAUGCGCUGGUUGACUGGCAGCAUGCGCUGGUUGACUGGCAGCAUGCGCUGGUUGACUGGCAGCAUGCGCUGGUUGACUGGCAGCAUGCGCUGGUUGACUGGCAGCAUGCGCUGGUGGACUGGCAGCAUGCGCUGGUUGACUGGCAGUAUGCGCUGGUUGACUGGCAGCAUGCGCUGGUUGACUGGCAGCAUGCGCUGGUUGACUGGCAGCAUGCGCUGGUUGACUGGCAGCGCCGCCGCUACUCCCUCACACCGGCCGGGGUGGCAGCAGCUCAGAUGUGCAUGGAGCGAGCAGGGCUGCAGACAGGUGCGUGGGGGAGAGGGGAGAGUGGGAGAGGGGUGAGUGGGAGAGGGGUGAGUGGGAGAGGGGUGAGUGGGAGAGGGGUGAGUGGGAGAGGGGCGAGUAGGAGAGGAGUGAGUGGGAGAGGGGUGAGUAGGCAGAGAGAUGAGUGGGGCGAAGGAUGCUCCACCAUCCUCUACCGCUCUGCCACCCUCCACCACCGCUCUGCCAUCCGCCCCUCCACCAGCAGCUAUGCCUCCAUUGAAUCCACCCGCUCACCAGGCCGACCAGAAGACUGCCACAAUUCCUCUGCAGCACCACACCUUUUUCCUUCACAGUUCGCCCUCCUCCCACCUCUGCCCACCUACCGCCCAUCGCUAUCCACGUUCCCCCCAUCAUCGACACCCACCUGCCUCUCACUCGCGGAGACAACUGACAUCCGCCUGCCCCCCCUGUCAGCGGGGCAGCGCUUCUGCCAUGCGUACCGGGUGGUGCUGCUGAUUGACAGCCGGGAGAAGGGGGCAGCACAGCUCACGGAGUUCCUCACUAGAGUGGAAAAGCUUCCGGCACAGGUGGCAGCACUGCCUGUGGGCGAUGCCCUUUGGGUGGCUCAACCUCUCACACUUCCCACCUCAUCCGCCGCACCCCCCUCCACCUCCUCCUCCUCUCCACCCUCGUCCGUCCCGCCAUCCUCCUCCUCUGCUGAUCCCCCAUCAGCCCUCCCUGCCUCUUCCGCUCUGCCUGCUCUGCCCGGCACUCUGUUCUGCUUGGAGUGGGUAGCGGAGCGCAAGAGAGUGGAUGACUUGUGGCAGUCAAUCAAGUCAAAGCGAUUCAAGGACCAGAAACUGAGGAUCAAGCACUGUGGUCUUCGCCGCCCAAUCUACGUGGUGGAGGGCAAUCUGGACGCCAGCAACGGAGCGGAGAGCCUGCGCACGGCGUCCGUCCAAACAUUAGUGCACGACGGCUUUGACGUGCAUCACACCACGUGCAUCGCUCACACGCGCCGCCACUACGCUCAUCUCACUCGGGCCAUCACUGACAUCUGCAACCGCCUCUCCACCGCACCCCACCACACAUCCUCGAGUCAGAUGCCCCACUCUCCCGCACUCCAUGCCCCGUCCUCCUCUCCCACUCCUCGCGACUGCUGCGUCACCUUUGAUCAAUUUCUGGAUGACUGCCGAUCCUCACAGGCUCUCUCAGUGGGCGAUGUCUUUGGUCACAUGCUGCUGCAGGUGAGAGGCCUAACAGUGGACAUGGCUACGGCCAUCCUCCGCCGCUACCCCUCCCUGCCGGUCCUCCACGCUGCCUACACCUUCCUCGAGGGAAACCGGGAGGCACAGGAGCGACUGCUGUGUGGUGUGAAUGUGAAGGGAAAGGCUCCCAACUAUUCCGCGGCGGAGGCUGCCGUGCCAGUCCUUCGCCCACGUGGGGCACAACUACUACUGCGGCUGGAACGCUCUCACCACGCUCAGGCAACAUGCGCUCGUGGACUGGCGGAAAGGCCGCCCCUCCCUGUGAGUGUGUUGGGUGCUGCCCGCCCUGCCCUCUACUCCCUCACACCGGCAGGGAUGGCAGCAGCACAGAUGUGCAUGGAACGAGCAGGGCUGCAGGCAGGUGAGUGGGGCGAGUGA